CUUGCUUCCAACCACCGCCUCGCGCCCACCGUCUCACUUUGCUCUCCACAACUUGACUCUCGCGUCUACAUCUCACGGCCAACAUGAGCGCUAACGACAACGAGGAACUCAUCGACUACGAGGACGAGGCUGACGUCGGAACCGGCGCGGUCGCAUCCAACGGUGUCGCGGUGGCUGGCGCUACGGCCGACGGGGACGACAAGGACAAGAAAAACUUCUCUGGCAUCCACUCAACGGGCUUCCGUGACUUCUUGUUAAAGCCGGAGCUGCUACGCGCCAUCAGUGACCUCGGUUUCGAACACCCCUCCGAAGUGCAGCAAGAAUGUAUUCCGCAAGCGGUGCUCGGCAUGGACGUGCUGUGCCAGGCCAAGUCUGGUCACGGAAAGACCGCUGUGUUCGUUCUGGCGACGCUCCAACAGCUGGAGCCCGUCAACGGCCAGGUCUCCGUGCUCGUGCUCUGCCACACCCGCGAGCUCGCGUUCCAGAUCAAGAACGAGUACGCGCGGUUCGCGAAGUACAUGCCCGACGUCCGUGUCGCGACAUUCUUCGGCGGUGUCCCCGUCACCAAGGAUGCCGAGACCCUGCGCGAUAAGGCCAAGUGCCCGCACAUCGUCGUCGCUACCCCCGGCCGCCUCAACGCGCUCGUGAGAGACAAGACCCUCGACGCCAAAAACGUCAAGCACUUCGUUCUGGACGAAUGCGACAAAAUGCUUGAACAGCUCGACAUGCGCCGAGACGUCCAAGAAAUCUUCCGCGCCACGCCCCACCACAAGCAAGUCAUGAUGUUCAGCGCGACCCUCUCGAAGGAAAUCCGUGUCACGUGCAAGAAGUUCAUGGCGAACCCGCUCGAAAUCUUCGUCGAUGAUGAGACGAAGCUGACCCUCCACGGUCUUCAGCAACAUUACGUCAAGCUGGAGGAGAACCAGAAGAAUCGAAAGCUCAACGAGCUUCUGGACACCCUCGAGUUCAACCAGGUCGUCAUCUUCGUCAAGUCGGUAGCUCGCUGCAUAGAACUCGACAAGCUACUUGUCUCGUGCAAUUUUCCGAGCAUCAGUAUUCACUCGGGUCUUGACCAGGUCGAACGUAUCAAUCGCUACACCGCCUUCAAGGCGUUCGAGAAGCGAAUCCUCGUCGCCACGGAUAUCUUUGGACGUGGUAUCGAUGUCGAGCGAGUUAACAUCGUUAUCAACUACGACUCGCCUGCGGAUGCCGACAGUUAUCUCCAUCGUGUGGGUCGUGCCGGCCGUUUCGGUACCAAGGGUCUCGCGAUUACUUUCGUUUCAUCAGAAAGUGAUACGCAGGUCAUGGCGGCCAUCCAAUCGAGGUUCGAGGUGGCCGUGCCUGAGUUGCCUGACCACAUCGACCCCGCCAGCUACAUGACCUCGUAAUGAUCUUGGCCGUACAUAAGUCCCCGAAUCUUGCGCCGUCUCAUAUCCCCCAGCGCAUUCUCCCGCUGUUGCCUGUGCCUGUGUACACAUACCUGACACGUAUCGAUGUUUUUUCGGAUGGCC